GGAUCGUCGGCGCCGCGUCUACGGGCGCAGACUCGGCUACCGGCUCCGCCCCGGCCGUCAGGCGCUGCUCGAGCGUGCCCUGCCGGGGCUUCGGAUCGCGUGCCCGACGAUGAGCAGGCGCGACUCGAGCUGAACGGCCUCUUCCCGGCGCCGGUCCGCGACCUCUGGCUCGAGAUCGGCUUCGGCGCCGGCGAGCACCUCGCCCAUCAGGUGCGCACCAAUCCGGACGUGGGGUUCAUCGGCUGCGAGCCCUUCGUCCAGGGCGUUGCGGGCCUCCUGCGCCAUCUUGAGGCGGACGGCACCAGCGGACGGGUCCGCAUCUUCCCCGACGACGCACGGCUCCUGCUCGAUCGCCUGCCGGACGCCUCCAUCGGCCGGCUGUUCGUGCUGUUUCCCGACCCCUGGCCCAAGAAUCGCCACCACAAGCGCCGCCUGAUCGAUGCGGAAACCCUCGCCGGCUUCGCCCGCAUCCUGAAGGAUGGCACGGAGUUCCGAUGGGCGUCCGACGAUAUGGACUAUGUGGAGUGGACGCUCGAGCGAGUCGCGGCGAGCGGGGCGUUCUCGGGGCCUGAGCAGCGAUCCGGCGACUGGCCUUCCCAGCCGGCCGACUGGCCCGAGACCCGCUAUGAGCAAAAGGCCCGCGCCGCCGGCCGGGCGCCGGUCUUCCUCCGCUACGUCCGCAUCCCUCGAUAG